GUUGUGGCUUCCUUGAAUACCUCCAUUUGAUUUCCAUUUCACUUCUGUGCCAAUGCAAGAAUGGCCUAUGCAUCUCAUGAUUCCGUGACUUUCUUUCCCACAUCUAACUUUAGGCACAAGGUACUUGAAUUUGAGGUAAGAAGCGCUGGGGUCGGCAAGGUCUUUACUUCACGAAAUUUUCUUCGAGCAACAAAAUGACUGCCGAUGCUAAUCGCGCUGAGUCUCUGAUGUGUAUGGAUCGAGCUCGGGAGGCACUCAAAAGUGGUGAUCCAGAAAAAGCCAAACGUUUGCUCAGCAAAGCAAAGAAACUUGAUCCCAAGCAGGACAUAGAAUAUUUAUUGAAGAAAGCGGAGUCCAUGGGUGUAAAUAGCGAAUCAUCGUCACGAGAUUCCGAAGAACGUAGCUAUGCUCAUGAUGAUCAUUACGAAGAACCGAAUUUACGUAGUCGGCGGUCGUAUAGGUCUCCACCUAGAACAGCGUCGGACAGUAAAAUAAAUGGCAGCGCUGGUGGAGAAACCUCGAAGGCUAGAACGGCUAAGUCUAGAUCUUCGUCACGUACACCCAGAUUAGGCGUCGACUACACAAAAGAGCAGUCUGAUCUGGUGGAACGAAUUCGACACUGCAAGGAUUACUAUGAAAUAUUGAAUGUAUCAAAGACGGCCUCAGACGCAGAAAUUAAAAAAGAGUACAGAAGAAUGGCUUUACAACUUCAUCCAGAUAAAUGUAGGGCUCCACAUGCAACAGAGGCCUUCAAAGCUUUGGGUAAUGCCUAUGCCGUUUUAUCCAACGAAGAAAAGCGAAAACAAUAUGAUUUGUAUGGUGCUGAUGGAGGAAGUGGAAGUAAUGUUAGUAGUAGCAGCAGAGGGCAAAGGGGAGACUUCUUUGAGUAUGAUUAUGCACAUGGAUUUGAUGCCGAGUUUACCCCUGAGGAGAUCUUCAAUAUGUUCUUUGGCGGUGGUUUCCCGUCAGAGUCCGUGCGAAGAAGAGGUCAUGCUUACCAUCAUACUGCCCAUCAUAGCACUAGAAAUCAGAAUGAGAGUCCAUAUACUCCACUUUUACAACUGUUGCCACUUAUUGCCAUACUCGUCCUCGGUCUCAUAGCACAGCUUAUGGUCGGCGAUCCUGCAUACUCCUUGCAUCAUUCCAGUAAGUAUCCAGUGAAACGUCUCACUCAGAGUGAUUUGAGAGUGCCUUAUUUUGUCAGAAGCGACUUCGAGCAGGCGUAUCGCGGUAGAAUUCAUCAGAUUGAAGCACAGGUUGAAGACGAAUACAUCCAAAAUCUACGAAUGAAUUGUUACAAGGAGCAGAACCAACGUGAAACAUUGUUAUAUCGUGCACGGUGGCAACGUGAUGAUGACUUGCUUCGUCGAGCAAGUCAAAUGGCGAUGCCCCAUUGUGAUCGUCUUAGGGAGAUAUACAGCUCUUCUUCAUUUUCCUCUUCACACAUCACAUCCGACAAUGUCGGUAGUAACACGAGUGCUGUUCAUCGCAAAGAAUACCAGAGCUAA